CACAUUGUAGCGCACUGGGCCGGGGGGCGGGGCGGCUUUUGGGAUCGUCUCAGCGCAGCAGCAGCAGGGAGGGAGCCCGGCGCAGAGAUGGGGGCGCAGCUCAGCAGGCUUGGAGGGAUUGUGACAUACCCGUUAUGGCUAAUCUACAGCUUGAUCAUAAGACUGUUUAGGAAUCCCCCUCCUGCAAUUACCCUGGAGAACCCUGAAGUGAAAUACCCAUUAAGGCUGAUUGACAAAGAGGAAAUUAGCCACGAUACGAGAAGAUUUCGCUUUGCCCUUCCAACUCGAGAGCACAUUCUAGGUCUCCCUAUUGGACAGCAUAUUUAUCUUUCUGCACGGAUUAAUGCAAAUCUGGUUGUCAGACCCUACACACCAGUCUCCAGCGAUGAUGACAAAGGCUAUGUGGAUCUUGUUGUCAAGAUUUAUUUUAAAGGGGUCCAUCCAAAGUUCCCUGAGGGAGGGAAGAUGUCUCAGUAUUUAGACAGCCUGAAGUUAGGAGAUACCAUUGACUUCAGAGGUCCCAGUGGAUUACUUGUCUACAAGGGAAAAGGCAAGUUUGCUAUUCGUGCUGAGAAGAAAUCUGAACCUGUUCUUAAAACAGUGAAAUACGUUGGAAUGAUUGCAGGUGGAACUGGCAUAACUCCUAUGCUGCAGCUCAUUCGUGCCAUCAUGAAGGACAAAGAUGAUCACACCAUUUGUCAGCUGCUGUUUGCUAAUCAGACUGAGAAAGACAUCCUGUUACGUUCAGAACUGGAGGAAGUUCAGGUUCAGCAUCCAGAACGUUUUAAGCUUUGGUACACGUUGGACAGAGCACCUGAGAAUUGGGAUUAUAGCCAGGGAUUUGUGAGUCAAGACCUGCUCAGAGACCACAUGCCCCCUCCUCAAGAUGAUGUUCUAAUCCUCAUGUGCGGCCCUCCUCCAAUGAUCCAGUAUGCUUGCUUACCUAACCUUGAAAAACUGGGAUACACCAAGGACAUGAGAUUCUCCUACUAAAGAAGAUUUAGCUGUGCUGUAGUGCGGAAAGAAAGCUGAUGUAAGGAAAAGCAUCUAGAUAACAGGGAACAAGACAAAGUAUGCACACAGGUGGCUGGUGUACAGUGCUGGCAAGCUACAUUUAGAUUAUAAUCACUUAGAUUUCUUAAUGAGUUUGGAAGACAAGCCAUCUGUUUUAGACUCAAAUUUUAAUUUUUACUGUUGUGCCAAAUUUUGGCACACCACUAAAAACAAACAAUUUAACCAGGUUGCAGGUGGGUAGUGAUGUAUGAUGUUUCCCUUAACACAUUCGUCAGAGAGACUCUGACUACAAUUCAAUGUCAAUUUUCAGCAGCAAAGCAGAAUUUUUAAGGGAAUGAAGAGGUCAGUUACAUUGCUUAGCAUUGUAAUCACAGUGGUAACUAGUUACUUCCCAACACUGUGUAUAUUGGAUAGCAUACAUGGUGUGAACUAUGGCCACGUAUGGGAAGUACACCUUUAUUUACCUUACUAUUGCCAAAUCUUAAUUAUCUCAAAGCUUUUACAGUAGGCGGGUCAACAGUGGCUGCCUCUUACCACCGUCACCUUGCAGAGGUGAAAUCUGGUGGUUUACUGGUUAUGACAGCGAUGGUGUAAGAUGUCAAACAUAAAUACGCCUACUAGGAACAUAAUUUCCAGUUGUAUUUUGGACUGACCUCACUUAAAGCAGAUCUUUUCCAGCUGAUCACCUUCACUAGCCAUUCCCCUCCCAAGGACCUGAGAUUAAUUCCUGAAGGCAGGGGCUUUUGAAUAUAGAAUGUUGAAGCAGUUAUUUAAAGAGCUGAAGGUGCUAGACUAGGGGGGAGGUGUUCCCUCUGUAGAAAACUGUAGAUUUGACUACUUUUCAGAAUUGGUCCUGCUGGGAUUUCACUUGCAGAUCUCUAGGUGUACUAAAAUCCCACUAGCAAAAACUACUCAAUUUAAAGUAGUACUCAUUUAGUCUCUUUUUGUACAUUUAUUUCUCUAAGUUACUACCCUGCAUACAGUGCUCAAGUAAAACUCCAUUGAGAAUUUUGCCCAAAAAGGAUGUGUAGAAUUGAACUUGUCUGACAGCAACUUCAUCUGUCUAGCCAAAUCCAAAAGUGCUGGGCUGAUUGGACCUAAACUGUAGAUGUUUCCAUACACAAUUUUUUACUUUCCAGCAAUUGAGAUAGAAGCUGUCCUACCGAUAAGUUGUCAAAAAUAUAAAAUCUUGUUUGAGUUGCUAAAACUGUGGGCUGAAAGAUUAUAUUCUCUGGGCAGCAGUUGCAUCUGACACUGAAAGAGUAAGUAACAUUGAUACUAUAACCUCAGAGUAAUAUGUAUCUUUGUAAUUUGGAGGACCUCCUCUUGUGCCUAUGUACAGCUUUGUAUUCUGCACUUAACAGGUGGAAAAGAUAAUAUUAUUCAUUCUAGGUUUCUUUACAUUUAAUAGCCUUGCUGCUGGGAGAUUUGUCAAUGUGUGCUUCUUACAGGCUGAAACUUGGGCUUCGCUAGAACUGUACUGCAUCCUCCGAGUACAACUGAGGUAUUCCUGCUACUAAUUUAAAUCUGUCUUUGGAGCAGGCAAUAUGUACAAGUUUAAAGUAAAGCAUUGGUGUUGCUUGUAUCUCUAGGGGACAAACAUACCCAAAGAUUUUUUUUUUAUGAGCAGCUCUAUAGCUGGUUAAUCUCAAGCUGUUUUGUAUUACUUAUCAUGCAUAUUCACUUACUGGCUUUUUCAAAAUGUUUGUGCAAGAAAUAAAAUAUUGUGCUGAUUGUCA